GAACGUCACUAGUGACACGUAAUCAAAAUGGCGGCCGAGGCUUUGGAGACAUGGUGGGCUGUGCUGCUGUUGGCCUUGCUUCCUGUGGUCCAGGCUUUCUAUGUUCCUGGAGUUGCUCCUCAGGACUUCCAUGAGGGCGCUCAGGUAGAAAUUAAGGCAGUGAAGCUGACCAGCUCCCGGACACAGCUUCCAUAUGAAUACUAUUCCCUGCCUUUCUGUAAGCCCGAGUCUGUUUUAUACAAGGCUGAAAACCUGGGUGAGGUCUUGCGCGGAGAUCGUAUUGUGAAUACACUUUACGGCGUAAAGAUGAAUGAGGACAAAAAAUGUGAGCUGAUGUGUGGCAAGAAGAAGCUGAACCUGGAGGAGAGUAAGCUGAUGGCUGAACGAAUCCAGGAGGAGUAUUAUGUUCAUCUUAUUGCAGACAACCUUCCAGUUGCCAGUAGGUUGGAGUAUUACCCCAACAGAGAAACAGGAGUGGAUGAGGAGCAAAAGAAGGUUGCUGAUAAAGAUGUUCAGUUUGAACAUGGUUACAGACUUGGCUUCGUUGACAACAGCAAGUUUUAUCUGCACAACCACUUGUCCUUCAUCCUGUACUUCCACAGGGAGAAAGUAGAAGAGGGGGAGACUCACAACUACAGAGUGGUGCGUUUUGAGGUUGUACCUCAAAGUGUCAAAGUGGAAGAUCUGAAGGCUGCUGAAACAGAUAAAACUUGCACUUUGCCCGAAGCCAGUGGUUCCGCCGCACUGGAGAUUGACCCAACGAAAGAUAACGAGAUUCUUUUCACCUAUUCGGUCACCUGGAAGGAGAGCGAGGUUAAGUGGGCAUCUCGCUGGGACACAUACCUGACCAUGAGCGACGUCCAAAUUCACUGGUUCUCCAUCGUUAACUCUGUGGUGGUCGUCUUUUUCCUAUCUGGGAUUCUGAGUAUGAUCAUCAUUAGAACCUUGCGGAAGGACAUUGCUAACUACAACAGAGAGGACGACAUUGAGGACACCAUGGAGGAGUCAGGAUGGAAGAAUGUCCAUGGCGAUGUCUUCAGACCGCCUCAGUACCCCAUGAUCCUCAGCUCUCUGCUGGGCUCAGGGAUCCAGCUUUUCUGCAUGAUCCUCAUUGUCAUUUUUGUUGCCAUGUUGGGCAUGUUGUCUCCAUCUAGCAGAGGAGCCUUGAUGACUACGUCAUGUUUCCUCUUCAUGUUUAUGGGUGUAUUUGGGGGUUAUUUUGCUGGCAGACUCUACCGCACACUAAAGGGCCAUCGGUGGAGGAAAGGAGCGUUUUGUACGGCCACUUUGUACCCUGCAGUGGUGUUUGGAAUCUGCUUCGUUCUGAACUGUUUCAUUUGGGGUGAACACUCCUCAGGAGCGGUUCCUUUCACCACUAUGCUGGCCCUGCUGUGCAUGUGGUUCGGCAUCUCCAUGCCUUUGGUCUACCUAGGUUAUUACUUUGGCUUCCGUAAACAGCCUUAUGAUAACCCAGUGCGCACCAACCAGAUUCCCAGACAGGUCCCAGAGCAGCGCUGGUACAUGAACAAGUUUGUAGGAAUCCUCAUGGCUGGGAUCUUACCGUUUGGUGCCAUGUUUAUCGAGCUCUUCUUCAUUUUCAGUGCCAUCUGGGAGAAUCAGUUUUAUUACCUCUUUGGCUUUCUGUUCCUGGUAUUCAUCAUCCUGGUGGUGUCCUGCUCUCAGAUCAGCAUUGUGAUGGUUUAUUUCCAGCUGUGUGCAGAGGACUAUCGAUGGUGGUGGAGAACCUUCCUGGUGUCUGGAGGCUCUGCUUUCUACGUCCUUAUUUAUGCCAUCUUCUACUUUGUCAACAAGUUGGACAUCGUGGAGUUCAUCCCCUCCCUGUUGUACUUUGGUUACACCACUCUGAUGGUGUUGUCCUUCUGGCUGCUAACAGGCACAAUCGGUUUUUAUGCAGCUUACAUGUUUAUCAGGAAAAUCUAUGCUGCAGUGAAGAUCGACUGAUUCCUCAGCGGCGCUGCUGUUCUCGUAGUUUUUGGUUGAUUUUUCUCACGUCAAUUUUUUAAAUGUUUUUUUUAUUUUUAUUUUUUUAUUCUUUUUGUCCAACUAGCACUGACUUAUGUGCAGAAGGAGCAUAUUGUUAUUAUGCAACAACCCCAUCUGCUGGCCACAUGGUGGAAUAACAGCGGCGCAAAGCCUGUUGUUUCCGUUCCUCCCUGCCUCCCGUUCCUCCAUGUCAGGACAGAGACCUAGAGGAAGUCCUCCUCUUCUGGGACAAUUUGUGUCUCUUGUUGCUGCACCCUGCACACAAAUACAGUGGGCCAAAGCUUGUCGGACUAUUUUUUCCGCAGAUUUUGUUUUUCAUUUUGUUUCUAACUUAAGGUUUUCCCUUUGGCUAUCAUAAGAUUGAUAUGGGACUUUGUUUUAAUUAUCUCCUGGGAUGCUAUUUUGUCAUGAUUUCGUCCCACUUAUUCCAUCUUACACUUUCCAUUGAUUCUGCUGUCAGAGGGGACUUUGGUUUCUGUUCAGAGACCUUAUGGGUCAGGGUUUUGGUGUUUGUUUAACUGAUGGGAAUUAUGCGGGGCUGUUUUACUUUGUAAUACAAGAAAUGCAUCAAUUAAAUAUUAUAUAACUUUUUUA